AUGAACGACUCUACUGUACCUUCUCCGAGACAAGCAGAGUCUUCUUCUCUAUCCUCAUCCUCGAACCCUUCAACACCUUCAUUACUCAGACGACCAUCCAUGACCGCCUCUCCUCUACUUCUUUCCACCUCUCCUCGCAGUCUCCCACUACCCAAUCGUCAUGGUUCGAUAGGUCACCAAUCUAAGUUUUCUACAGACAACAAUGCCUAUCCUCGACCUGGACGACAUGCAAGAGGAUCAAGCUCUUCUGGUAGUCUCAGUAACUCUCUCUUUGGUUCAUCAUAUUCGACGUCAUUACCCACUACGUCCAAUUUCCCUCAAGGAGCAAAUGUCACACGCAGUAGAUCUGUUCAUAAGACUGCAGAAAUUGAUACACCUUCUCCACCUGAGGACAUUGAGUGGUUACAAGUCACCGCUGAACAAUUAUUGGUGAAACAAGAAGUAAGGAAGGUACCUGGGAAUAUGGGAAUGGAAGAAGCUGUAGAGGUUUUGUUACAGAAAGACUGUAAAUGUUUAUUGGUGGAGAUAAAUCCUGAACAGUAUGCAUUCUUCGAUUAUUCCGACUUGAACACGUUUUUAUUACUCGUCCUUCAAGCUUCUGCGAAUUCACACUCUCGUAGUCCUGCACCUCAAAGAGGUGUCACAUCAUCUACUUCAGUCAGAGAUCAAAACAUUCCGGAUUCUCCUUUUGAUGAGGGAGAGAGUUAUUUGGAUGAAAGAAGUAGAGACAUCGUACAAUCCCUACGACGUGGUACAAAACUUGGUGUUGGUGCAGUCUGCGAUAUCUCUCAAAAGAAUCCAUAUCACUCAUUCUCACCUGACACAAUCCUUCGGAACCUUUUACCAUUAUUCGCUUCUGGUUUACAUCGAAUUGCCAUCGUCAUGGAUAAAGAGACACCAUGGAUAUUAGAUGACACGAUGAUAUUAAAAUACCUCACUUCUUCUCAGACACCUUCCAUAUUAAAUCUUCCAGUAUCUUCUUCUUCUCUUCAUCUCGCCCUACAGCCUUUGAUUUCAUUACCGGGAACCGCCUCAGUGCUCGACGCAAUGCAAGUGAUGAGUCUUAACGGUUUGGCGGCUUUGGGAGUGUUGUCCGGGUCGGGUAAUGGGAAUACAAGAAGAGAUAGUUUUUCUUCCAAUCCUUCAUCUGGUGGAAUAUCUCGAUCAAGUUCUAUCUCACUAUCAACAUCUCCGAUGCUCGUUCCUGCUUCUCCUGAACAUUUAUCUCCUAUCGAUUCAGGCUGUCCUGGGGAUUUACUAAGCGUCAUCAGUGUUGAAGAUUGCACGAGAUUAGUCAUUCCCUCUGAAGGUAAAAAGGUUUUAGGAAUGGGAUUGGAACAAUUAGUCAAGAAAAUUCAAGUGAAAGAAAAUGCGGGUUUAGAAAGAGGUGAAGAUAAAGUACCAGUUCACACGAUUUCUUUUUCAGCGACUUUAUUACAUACCUCACAUCUCAUACUAGCUACUGCUUCUUCUCGAGUUUUCAUCCCAAACGUUACUACUCCACCUCUUUCACCAAGUCCAACUUUUUCAGCAACUUUUUCAUCUCCAAUAUCAUCUCCUUCCCUUUCAACUCUUUCACUCUCAGACUCUCGCUUUGUACCCUUUCCAGGUCUUCCGAUUCCUCCUCCAACUCAACUUUCCGCUCAUUAUGUCGUAUCUACCGUUGACAUUCUUUCCUGUCUCGCCAGAGCGUACAACACUCAAUUCGCUCCUGCCGAUUUGCUCGACAUGAACAAACAAGUCAAUCAUGUAGGGGAUCAAACUUGGAAUCUUGAUCCUACCAGUGUUGCCCGACGUAGGAGAGCAAGUAGUUCGACGAGUAGUAGUCCCGCAGAAGGAGCUUUCGAGUCAUGGCGAUGGGCCAGGGGGAAGAAGUAA